AUGGCGGAGCAGCCCGUGAGCCCUGUGGAGAGGCUGAUGAAGGACCUGUACGUGGUCGUCUCCAUCGGGCUCGCGACGCCACUGAACCUCGCCGUCUUCCGGGCCGGCAUCGAGGCCCAGCUCGCUCGCCACCCCUACUUCCGGAGCAUCCAGGUGACGGACGACAAGGCCGACGGCGGCAGCGGCACGCCGCGGUGGGUGCCCACGACGGUGAACGUGGACGACCACAUCGUCGUCGUGCCGGCGCUGGACUCCGCCGCCGACCCGGACAAGGCCGUGGAGGACUACCUGGCGUCCCUGUCCACGCUGCCCAUGGACCACACGCGCCCGCCCUGGGACUUCCACUUCCUCGACGUCACGACCUCCGAGGCGGCCUCCACCGUGGCGCUGCGCGUCCACCACGCCCUCGCCGACGGCAUGGCGCUCAUCACGCUGCUCAUCUCCUCCUCGCGCAGCGCCGCCGACCCGGCCAAGGCCGCGCCCCUGCCCCCGCCGCCCGCGCGCACCGGCGCCGUCUACGCGCCGCCAGGGCAACAACGACGACCGGGGUCGUCGUCGUCGUCAGCGCUGCGCUGCGGCUGCCUCUCGUUCUCGCGUGACACAAAGACAAGGGAAAUAGUAUUGCGAUCAAUACUCCCUGUCAACACAAGGCCAGCCGCUAGCCUACAAAUGGAUGUUAAUAUGAUUGAAACUGGUAAGAGUAAUGCUGUGAGAUGGGGAAAUCGACUGGGCUACAUCAUCCUCCCAUUUCAUCUAGCCAUGCACGAUGAUCCACUUGAAUAUGUUCGCAAGGCGAAACAGGUUAUAGAUAGGAAAAAGAAUUCACUAGAAAUGCACGUCGUACAUUUGUCUAUCGACAUUGUCUUCAAAAUAUUUGGCCCAAAGGCAGGAGCUUAUAUCUUCAAUAAACUGCUCAGAAACACAACCAUGGCUCUCUCAAACUUGAUUGGGCCACCUGAGCAGAUAGAGUUAUGUGGCCAUCCAGUUGCCUACAUUGCACCUAGCGUCUAUGGGCUUCAACAAGCUAUUACAGUGCACUACCAAAGUUACAACAACACCAUCAAAGUCGUUCUAGCUGUUGAUGAGGCACAGUUUCCAGAUUCUCGCCAACUCUUGGACGACUUCGCCGAGUGCCUCAAGCUUACCAAGGACGCCGCUGCAAAGACGAUGUCAACGAAAACGAUUAAGAACGAGUAA